GCUAUUUUUAGAGUAUAAAUUUUGUAUUUUAAAGAAAGAAAAUUACAAAAAUAUGCUUUGUAGGUUUUAAUUUUACUUAGACAAUUAUUUAUUUUAAGAUUUUUUUUUCUUUCUUUUCAGUUAUCUAGAAAUAGUUAUUAAAUAUAUAUAUAUAUUUUUUUUUUUUUUUGUUUUUUUUACAUUUAAAAAAAAAAAUAAAAAAAUGAGCAAAUAGAAUUGUACCACCUCACCACAAAAUGACAAAGUUUGGUAAAAAACCUUAUCACAAAGGGGAGGGGUUCACGUGAUAGGGAAUAAAUUAUUGUUGCAGGUGGGGCCCACACAAAAAGAAAAAUGAAAGAAAGAGGGAGAGAGCACGUGACAAAAGGGGAUUCAUUACUUUUAUAUAGGGCAAUACAGAUAAUGAUACAAAAAGGAGAGGCAUAUGAGGGAAUCAGGGGAUUGAGCCGCAAAAACAAAUGGAAAAAAAACCUAGAAUAUAGGAACCUACAGCCACCAUAACAAAAAAGAAAAAAAAGGAGGGGCCGCAUGAGAACUUUCUUUUUUCCUUUUUAGUAGCUAAAAUGUGUACCCAAGAAUGAUAUAAAACUAAGAAAACUCAGUACACCAAAAGACGAUAUAAGCAGCUCACCCUUUUAACUCCAAAAAAAUAAAUCAUCCAUCAUCUUCUUCAAAUUUUCCACAAACCACCGUGAACAACUCCUCCCCCUCGCCGGAAAAAUCACCGGAAAAUCCAACGAAAAACAAAAUAUAUAUAUAUAUUAUCAUCAUCUUCUUUCAAUUUUUUUUUCACCUUAAACAGCAACCACCUCAAAAACCACACCAUCGUUAAACCACUUAAAUCUAAAAUGUCCAUUUUCUUUUAACCAAAAUUUUAUUGACAGAGUUGAGUUGAGAUUUCGGGUUUAGAUCUAAAAAAUAUUCAACGCUGUUUUGGUCGGUUUUGGUCGGGGUUUUCCGGUUCAAAGCUCCGUUUGGCUAUCUCAUUCAAAGGAAAGUGUUAUUUCCCACAUUGAAAGGUACAACAUGUUUUAUCCGGACAGUGGGAAGUGUCAAAAGAGGAAGCGAGAUGGGAGUAUACCACUUCAGGUUGUUCAUGAGAUCCCUUGGAAACUUUGGACAUGGUGGAAUGAAAUGGAUGUGCUAGAACACACAAAGAUCUUUAAGCAUAUGGGGUUCUUGACCAACAUUAUUAAAAUCGACCCUAGGAGGGACGUGAUUGAUGCUUUGCUAUCCUUUUGGGACCCUACAAAGAAUGUGUUCCGAUUUUCAGACUUCGAGCUGACCCCUACCUUAGAGGAAAUUGCUGGCUAUACCGGACUUGGUGAGAACCUACACCGCCAAAAGCUUGUAGCCCCAAGACUUAUUUCUGUGAACAGUUUCCUCACAAAAAUGAACAUCGCUAAGCGCAAAGAGGAUGAGAAGAAAAAGGGCAAGGAAGAAUUUCUGGAUGAGGGUUGGGAAUCCCUGGACAAAGGAUGGGUUUCUUUAGAAUUCUUGUAUGAGAGGUACGGGAGAAGAGACGGGUUUGAGAGGUUUGGAAAGAGGCUCAGUAAUAAAGGAAAUUUGUAAAUUUGGAAAGACCACAGUCGUUUUGCCUUCAUGGUGGCAUUUUUAGGAAUAAUGGUCUUCCCAAGACGGGGGCAGAAAAUCAACAUCCGUUUAGCCGGGAUAGUAGACGUCUUGACCACAAAGAAGGAUCAUACCAUUGUGCCAAUGAUCUUAGCAGAUAUUUAUCGGGCCUUGACGGUUUGCCAAAAGGGAAAGGGUUACUUUGAAGGGUGUAACAUAUUAUUGCAAAUGUGGAUAGUGGAGCAUAUCUUCCGACCCCGUCACGUGGCAAGAUUUGUUCAUGAUCGGAGUGAUUACAUUUCAAGCUAUGA